AGAAGACGCGGACUUUGGUUGAUGUUUUCUUUUGCUGGAUAACGAUGGCUUUCCCAGAGUUUCAAGCGGAAUACAUAUAGUGUUAUAAUAAACUAUCUGUUCGAGAUAGCGACCGCUCACUGUCUCGAUGGCCUUUCUCGGUCCUCCCGUCCCAUCUGCUCUUGCUUCAUUUCUCUACUCGUCGCUUCCCUGUGGCUUUGCUGUAGGCCCCUCACGUCUCCACGAGGGCAGGCUGGGGCUUUGGUGGGUCGGACGCUCACUGGAGGCUGGAUCCCUGCUGGGGAGAGACGGGGACAUUGAGUGGGCCUCAGAGUAUCACGCUGAGCCGGAAAUUCACAGUGAAGACGGCAAACUCGCCACAAACUUUGAGACCAAAAGAGAUCAGACCACGAGAACAGAGGAAGAACAGGCUUCAGUGGUGAAAGCAGCAACUCGAGAAGCUUCCAUACAAAGAGUCGUCUGGGUCAACUUUGCCUGCCAGGCACCAAGCAGAGCCCAGCAGAACGUGUCGGUGCAGUGUGUGUGUGGGGAUGUGUGCGAGGGCGAGUGUGUGGAUGUCCGUCUGCGUCUGUGUCGGGACAUCCAGCCGGGAACAGAGCUGCUGUACGCUGACAGCGUGGGAAAAGUGUGUUCACAUGUUCGUGGUGACUCCGCUGGACAUACAGGAGAGAAGGUGGAGCAGAGAGACCAUUCAGAAGCCACAGCUGCCAGUGUAUCAAUCAAUAAAGAAGUGACAGCUAACAAACAGGAAGAGAAAAUGCAGGAUGAUGAAGAAGAUGAAGACAGAAACCCCAAAAGAUGCAUCGAGAGGAGUCACCCAAUUACACAAGGGAGGAAGAGAGUCAAGGGGGUGCUGUCGGAGCCGAGUCCAGACUAUGACAGACAGCAGGACGAUACCACAGACAGUGUAACAGACAGGACACCUGAUAAUGACACAGCAGCAACUGGUAACAAAGACAGUGUCCCGUCUCCUGUGGACAGUCAGCCACACUGUAACUCUGCUGAAGGAAUAAUGGCAGAGCCCAGACUCUUCCCUGCACCCGCUCCUGUCCGCUGCAGCUCCCGCCUGGCUGCUAAACCCCGACGGGUUCACUGCCUGAACAGCCGGGUGAAGCGACUCCAUGCCCGCCUCGACUCAUCCAAACGCCUAGAGGCACAGAGCCAGACCUCCACCAAAGAUGGAAAAAGCUCCACAGAGAUACCAGAAGCUGAAAUGGCUGCAGCGCUUUGUCCCGAUGGAGUCGCCCAUAUGUGGCAUUCAGAGACCAGAGAGAGGCGCUACAAGUGUCCCAUAUGUGGUAAAAGGUUCUACCAGAUCGGCCACUUGAAGAAACACCAGUUCAGUCACACGGAUGAGAAGCCUUUCACCUGCCAGGAGUGUGGGAAAAACUACACGUCAGCAGAAAGCUUCAAGGCUCAUCAGAUGAGUCACCGCGGGGAGCGUCCCUUCUCCUGUCCUCACUGUGAGAAGACGUACGGCCUGAAGCGGGACCUGAAGGAGCACAUGGUCCUGCACACGGGGGAGAAACCCUAUACCUGUGACCACUGUGGGAAGGCAUUCGCACGCCGCCCAUCCCUACGCAUCCACCGCCUCCUUCACUGCAGCAGAAUGAGCUACACACAGCCUCCUAAGGUGCAGUGCACAGUCUGCCGCAAGCUUCUGGCUAACUCGGGCUCUCUGAGGAACCACAUGAAACUCCACACGGGGGAAAAACCUCACAUCUGUCAGCACUGUGGGAAGUGCUUCAGUCAGAAAGGAAACCUUGAGUGCCACUUGAGAAUCCACAAUGGAGAGAAGCCGUUCUCCUGCUCAGAGUGCAGUCAGACAUUCUCCCAAAAACCGGAGCUGCGUCGGCACAUGUUCUCCCACACCGGAGGCGGUUUUCUCUGUAGCUACUGCGGAAAAUCGCUGAGGGACCCCCACAGCCUAAGGUCCCACGAGAGACUGCACACUGGAGAUAGACCCCAUUGCUGCCCUAUCUGUGGAAAAGGCUACACGUUGGCUACCAAGCUGAGGAGGCACGUGAAGUCGGCCCACAUGAAGGAGAAACCGUACACCUGCCACUGCGGCGCGUCCUACACUGUGAGACAAAGUCUGCUGAGGCACCAAGCUCAGCACAGGACAGACGGAGGAGUUCAAAAAGAGGAAGAAGAAGGACGUGGAGAGGAGAUGCACACCAGAAAUCAGGAGGUUCCACAAGAGUUAGCAAGUUCAGGAUGCAGUCACCCAAAGCCAAUCAGAGGCAGACCCAAGAAGAACUUCAUCCCUCAGGGCACAGCAGAGAAGGACGGAGGUGAGGUGAAGCAGAGAAGAUCACAAGAAAAAGGAGAAGAGGAAGCAAAAUUAAAGACACUUGACUCCUCAAAAGAGGGAGAUAGCAUAGCUAACAUCCAGCACGCCGUCGUGUACGUCCACACAGACGACCUGUCAGCGCCGAGCUCCACUCCUCUGCUCUUCACCUCGGAGGGCUCGCUGCCUGCAGGGACAGAACAGGAGCUGGUGGAGGUUUUGAUAUCGGAAAGCGCAGAGCAGUGCAUUGUGGUCCACGGGCAGCAGGCGGUAGGAGAACUCCUGAUCUUACAGGAAGAAGGAAGUGGACUCUGCUCUGUUGCUCAGACAGUAGAGAUAAACACAGUGUAGCUGUGAUCAUGGCUUCUGAACCCUUUGAGGACAUCUUUAGUAUUUAGGCCCUUCCUCUAACCUACCUCAUCAACGGUUUAUUUAUUUUGGUACGUUUUAUUGCCAUUGAACGACCUUUACAGAACAGCUGUGAACUAAUUUGAUGGAUUAGCUGCCAUCAAACGAUGCACACUUACUUGUCUGCCUUCUGUACAGGAAAGUGUGUGUGUAUAGAAAAAGCUCUGAACACGAGCGAACUGUUGGAUUCUGUCUGACACCCAGUGCUGACAUUUACUGCUGAUGCGCAGCACUUAUGCUGUAAAAUUGGCAUCAAAUCCUCUGCAUUUACUUGGUUAUUAUCUUGAGUUAAAAGAAACAAAAUAAAAACAGGGUCUUGUCAUUAUAA